AUGGCGGGCGGGGUUAGCGCAGCGGGUCGCGUGGGCUGUACUAGGGUUUCAGUCGUCAACCGGAGAGCUUGGAAUCGACCGACGCCGGCGAAGAGGAACCGGAGGCGGAGGACCGGGACGCUCGGAUUCAAGCGGUGCCUCCUCCCCGCUACUCAUUGGAUGGCAGACGGAUUGAUUGCUUCGCGGGGUAAAAGGAAGUGCCAACGAGAUUAUGUUCCAGGUGGAUCCACUAGUGACCAGGCAAGCAGAGAGGGAUCGCCCUGCCAACUAGAUGAUACUUCUCAGAGUGGCAAAACAGAUAUGUAUUCAGGUCCAGAUCUUCCAGAGGACAUGUGGCAUCAUAUACAUUCCUUAAUGCCUCUGAGAGAUGCUGCCCGAGCCGCCUGCCUGUCUCAGUCCUUUCGGUGUUCUUGGAAACGCUAUCCCAACCUAAUUUUGAGUAUGGAAACAUUGGGCUUGGACGGACAUAUGGCUUCAAAUCGCUGUUACACCAGCGAUUGA